UUAUAAAUUUUAUUAUUUUUUAAGAAACAAAAAUGUAUGAGGAAUCAGAGUCGGAAAGAUAUCGGAAGAAGCUCAAGGAUGAAUAUGAGGAAUUUGCCCUUAACCAGGACGUGUACAAAACAUUACUUGAUUUCAGCAAAUCUACUUAUAAAAUGAUAAUAGAAACAGCUUUACAAGCUUUCCAUUGCGGUCCUGAGGAUUUACAAAUGGAUGAAUUGAAGGAACUGGAAGUUUAUUUGAAAAGGGCAAAAAAGAAUUACCAUUUAUUGGUGACAGCAGAGGAAAAUGCAACUAAAAUUGUAAUCUCUGACGAGGAAGAUCCAGAAGAUCCAGAACCGAUUCCUGAGCUAGAAAUUCCACCCCCAGUUGAGACAAAUUGGCGCAUGCCACGAGAAAUUCCUUCAGUCACAAACAACAUGGAUGUAAAUAAUGUUCAGCCAUAUCAACAACCAGCAGUAAAUAACAAUCCAUAUGGCUAUAAUCCGCCUUGGAAUCCAUGGAUGAACUAUUCACCAGUUUAUGGAAUGACUUCUAAUAUUCCAAGACCUCCUCAAUUUCAGUUAUUACAACCAUCAAUGCCACAAUUUAAUCUAAGCACAUCCACAUCUCCUGCCUUCAUUUAUAAUCAAAGUAGUUGUCCAUUACCUCCGAUUUCCCAUUAUUCUCAUCAUAAUAAUCCACUGAUUCCUAGUACGUCACGUCAAAUAGCUCCAGAAAAGCCAGCAGCACCAAGUUAUCGAGAGCAUAGAUUGAUGAAAAAGAGAGAGGAAGAAGCAGAAAGGAAGCGAAUAAUGCAAAACCGUUUACUAUUAAAGAAACAAGAAGAACAGAAGCAAGAACGUGAGCGAAAUAUGCAAAGAGAACAAGAUCAGCAGAAAAAGGAUGACAAAAUCGAGAAAGUUUCUAGUUUUUUUAUUCGACGGCAACAAGUUGCAGAUUAUAAAAAAAGAGAGUGUGAUCAGCAAGCAAGCACAUCCUCAAAACAAUCUGAAACUGAGAAAUCUCAAAAAAGUGAAGGUAUUGAAAAGAAGAAAAAAUCUGUUACAUGGGCAGAUGAUAUAAGCUUAAAUAACAAUAAUGGAAGCAGUGAUGUUAGUGCAGAUAAGGCAUCCAGUUCAUCAAAAGCUCAAAGUGAGAAGGCAAAAAACAAGACUGAAAAACCAAAAAAACCGAAAAAAGAUCCGAAGUUCAAUGCAAAAAAGAUUGAGGAUGCUAUUAAAAAGGCAUUGACUCCUGAUAUGCUACUAUUUCCAUCAACAGCUCAAAAACCAGGACCAUCGACAGCUAAAAAACCCGAUAGUAAUACCAAAAAGACUGAUAAAAAUCCAAAAAAUAAGGAAGAUGAAGGCAAGAUAAAAAAAUUGAAAGUUAUUCAUGCAAAGCCCAUCUUUAAACUACUAAAGCAUUCAGAUGGUCUCAUUAAACGUAAAAGUAAUAGUCCUGUAAAGGAUGAUCAAAAGGCAAAACGUCCAAAAGAAGAUAAUAAUAUUAAUGAAACUAUAAAUUCAAACUGUGAUAUUAUUAAAGAAACUGAAAUAGAGAUCAAGGAAGAGAUAUUGAGUGAUGAUGAUAAUAUGGAUGGUAAGACUGAUGUUUCAUCAAACGGUGAUAAUGAAACUGAGCCAUUACAAAAAAUGGAAAGUGAUCGUGCUCUCGUUAAGCAAGAACCGGGUAUAGAUAUGGAUGAUACAGCAUCAACAUUUGAAAAUGUUGAUAUUAAGCAAGAAAUCAUGUCAGAAAUUGAUCAAGAAAAUAGUUCUGUCCAUUCUGAAAAGCUCGAAGUCAAUGAUAUAACUGAAAGUUUUGUUAACAUUUGUGAAAAUCCAGAACUGCUGAAUACUAUCGCUGAGAAUUUCAUUGAUUUCUCUCAGUUUGAGAAUCUAACAGAAGAUGCCGUCAAUAACAACAGCCAAGGAUCUCAGAUGGACUCUCAAGACAAAUGUGCUUCCUGGCUUGAAGACAUUAACAACCAAGAUGAGCAAUUUUAUCUGACAAAAGAUGAAGAAGCUGAACCCGAUGAUGAUAUCGUUCCUUACUAUCCAGUCAGAAAUUUGGGUGCGCCUGAAAUAGUUCCAAAAGAAGAAGAACAAUAAGACUAGUACUGAAACUUUAAUUAUUAAGAUUAAGAAAUGAAAAUAGAAUUUUUUAUAUAUACAAGAUGAAAAUAAAAUGUUAUUUUUAAAACAAAAA